AUGUUAAAUACUAAUAUAGAAAGUUUAUCAGAAAUAAAUAACAAAAAAUUUAAAAGUAUCCUGGUCUAUUUAAUUUAUCGCAAACUUCCAAAUAGAUUUAAGAAAGAGGGUCGUCAAUUAGUAUCUCUUGCCCAUACUGAACAUCAGUUUUUUGAUAUUUUUAAAGGAUAUAUUUAUCAUCGUAAUAAUAGAAAUGGUCGAAGAUUUUAUAAUGAAGAGCAACAAACUUAUGUUGUCCUAUUUGAUGAUCUGCCUCAACAUUUAAAAAAUAAUCCAUUGGCUAUUACUACCUAUCAUGCUGUUGAAAGUAUAAUCACUAAAAGACGCAAAUCUAAAUAUAAUCCUGGAGAAGUUAAUAUUGAUUGGAAAAUUAAAGUUGAAAAAGAUGCAAAAGAUAAAUUAUUGUGA